AUGACAAAUCAAUAUUCUAAUUUGGUUGAUCAAUAUCACCGUGAUGGCUUUGUAAUAUUGCGAAAUGUCAUUGAUGAUCAUUUAAUAAAAGAAUGUCAACAACAUGUAGACUUUUUACGAAAUAAAUAUCCAUCUAUACCAGGCGAACAUUUACAUCAUCCUAUAAUGCGUAAUGAUCCAUUUUGGGUUCGAUUAAUAAGUGAUCAGCGUCUACUGGAUCUGGCUACUCUUUUUGGAGCACCUUUCUUAAAAUCUGAUGAAGGUGUUGCCAUAUUUUCAUCGCAUUACUUUUGUAAACCAGCCAAAACAGGCAUGACUGUUCUGUGGCAUCAAGAUGGCUCGUACUGGCCACUGAAACCAAUGAAUGUGUUAACAAUGUGGUUGGCUGUUGAUGAAAGCGAUAAGGAAAAUGGAUGUUUGAGAGUAAUUCGUGGUAGUCAUAAACAAGAAUUGACUACGUUAAAGGAUGAUGUUACAGUUAGUAAUGUUUUGGGCAGUUAUACACAUCGAGACGAAGAUAUUGAUCAAAAUCAAAUUGUUGAUAUUAUUCUAAAGCCUGGUGAUAUCAGCAUACAUCAUCCGAAUCUUAUUCAUGGUUCUGAAGCAAAUACAAGUGAUAGAAGACGAUGUGGAUUAACAAUAAGAUAUAUUGCUCCAACUACAGAAUGUCUCAGUAAAGAACAACCAGUCAUGAUGAUGAGUGGUACAUCUGUACAAGGAAUUAAUCAUUAUCGAAGUUGGCCUAAAUAUCGUCCUGGUUAUGAUUUUCCAUUUGAUGGUUGCGAACAAUGGAGUGAAAAACGAAGAAUUGUACCAGAAGAUGAAUCAUAUUUUGAAAGAACAGAUUAUGAUCAAAUGGAUAAAGAAAUUCAAGAUGAAGUACUUAGUUUUGUUGCUGAAUUAGGUGGAAAGACACCAUCCAAAUAA